GUUACAUUCUGUGUAGGCUUAUAAUUACGUGCUUGCACGCGCGCGUGUGUGUGUGUAUGUUUGUUUUAUUUUUAGUACAGUCUUGAUUGUUUCAUGGUUUAUCAUUUUAUAAAAAAUUAAAAAUCCAGCCUAACUGGACUAAAAAUUGUCAGUGGGCUAUUAAUGAGCUUUAAAACCAUUAUCAGUUGUAGCAAGUAGUAGAUAGUGAACUGUGACUAUAAUGACGAGACCUUCGCAUGACACUUUUUUUGGAUGUUAGCAUGUGAAUGGUGAUGUGUAUGUCAGUUUGGAUUAGUCUGUUACUAUCGUUAUGUUGGGUAAACAUGCUGUGAGCCACAUGCCUUAACCCACAAAGCCUGUUUUCCCCCUCAAAGCAGUAUGAACAACAAGUGAUAUCCUCGUUUGUUCACAGAUGUCGUUUUUUUGGCUUGUACAUUUUCCAAAUUUGAAUGACAUUUACCGUUAGGGGUGAAUCAGCUGGGUAGUUCUACAGUAAUACUCACAGAGCCGGUUGAUCUUGCUCUGCCACUUAACGGAGUUUACAUUUAACGGUGGCCCAGCAACGUUUUUUCCCACAAUUAAGAUACACAUGCAAUGAUGCAAUUUCAAGGAUUAAGAGUCAGUUGUUUACUUGUUUGCCACACCUUUUCACAAGUAAGGGAAUCGGUGACUGGCAAUGACCGUGUGAGCUCCCUGCAGCGAUGUCAUUUAUUAUAUCUGAAGUCACACGGGGCUGUGUUCAUCCUUUCACAGGACAGCCCGGUCUGAGGAGUGAAGACAGAUUUCGCCACAUGACCAGCGACAGGGUGCGAAUGCGCCCUGCACAUCCCAUGAAGCGCAAACACAGUUCAGAGAAAGGACGGACACUUGAAGAGAGAAGAGAGAGGGCCCUUAGCAAGAGCCUGGCCAACAGUGCCCGCAGAUCAUCUGUGUUCAGUAUUCCUGAAAGCCCCACAUCCACAUGGAGCCCAACGGCCAGCCCCACUCACCUGAUCCCCAGCCCAGUGUACUCCACCCCAGUCAUGGACGAGCCUCUGGCCCUAAUCAAGAAACCACGCCCUGAACCAGAGAAAACAGAGAGCCAGAACAAAGCCACAACAGUCAGACAAAUACAGAUACGCCCAUCUGUCAUCACCUGUGUUUCCUCUGCAACAAGGUCAACAAAAAAAGUCUGCUGCAAUCAAUCCAAGAUUGUUACCCAGCACAGUUAUGACCACGUUGAAGAGCAUUUCCAGAGGAGUCUCGGUUUGAACUACCACAGAGCCACCUCCAUCAGCGUAUCUGUAGAUGACCACUUUGCCAAAGCGCUGGGUGAUAAAUGGCUCCAGCUCAAAGAUUCACCCUCCUCCUGCCAUUCAUCCUCUUCCUCAUCUUCUUCAUCUCCACCCAGCAGUCCAACCUUCAUCCACUUGCCCGGCUACAGCCAGAGUCCCAAAAGGCCUCGCAAAGAUUCAGUCAGUCCUACCACUACCACACCAAUCCUAUGGUCUAAUAAAUGCAGAAGAGAGAGGAAUUAGAUGUAGAUGUCAGAUGACAGAAUGGACUCAAGAUGCAUAUGUAGGCCCAUGCAUUUCUGCUUUAAAAAGCCAAAGGGAGAUUGUGUGAUGAUGAGAUAGUCAACUGAUGUUGUAAAAGUUGUCAUGAGCAGAUAAGGAAUUGUUAAAUCAUCUUUAAAAGGCAGACUUUCAAAGUCUGACCUUUUUUGGAUCAUUUCAUGGUAGCUAAGCAUUGCUGGAGUUGGCUUUUGUCAUUGGUUUUGUGGGUGACACUGGUUUUUAUUUGUUGACUGUGAUUGCACUGAUUAUUACUAGUAACAUUUCAUUGUCUGUUGUAAGCUUUCUUCUGCUAAUACAUGCAUAUUUAUAUUAGACAGUGUACCAGAAUCUUGUAACCUAAAAGGAGUACUGAGCAAAACAGACCAAAAAUUACUAGGUCAGAAAGUUUCAUGUUUUAAUUGAAAAUUUAUGCUUGGGAAAAAAAGAGGUGGGUAACUGUUUGGCAUCUCUUUAUGGGCUACUGCUGUUCAUUUCAAUCCUUGUGUAAAUUUCAAGCUUUUAUACUGUUGUACAUAUUUGUAAUAAACACAUUUUUUAAAUGCA